CCUUAUUGUGAGGAUUGUAAUCACAAUUUGUUUUCCCCAAAAUGUGCUGGAUGUCACCGUCCAAUAACUGAUGGAAUACAAGUGAAGGCAAUGGGCAAGACAUGGCACCCCAUGUGCUUUAACUGUACUAACUGUGCCAAACAACUGGGACCUAAUAAAUUCAUCGAAAGGAAUGGCAAACCUUAUUGUGAAGACUGCAAUAACAACCUAUUUUGUCCAAAGUGUGCUGGCUGUCAACUUCCCAUUACUGAUGGAAAUAUUGUCAAGGCAAUGGGCAAGACCUGGCAUCCCAGGUGCUUCCAAUGCACUCAGUGUGCAAUACCUCUCUCACCUAAUAAU